CAAUGAAAACUUCCGGCAAAGUAGGCUAACUUGUUUUGUCAGGAAGUUGUAGGCCUAAUCGAAAGUAGGAAAUUCAGAAAGUUGAUGAAAGUGAAAGGACGUGUUUUAUUCUUUUUUUAUGAGGGCAGAGCCAUGUGUCAUUAAAAUUUCUUUCAUACCACCAGUGAGUGAUGGAUUUGUGCCUAUUAACUCACCGAAGUUAAGGCCUUACUUAGACUACUUUACUUUGAAUUGCGGCGAGAAAUCCCACUCACACACACAGCAGUAGGCUACUGUAGGCCUACACAGCUGAGCAGACUACAACCUGUCCUAUAAAAGCUGACAGCGUAGAUCUUUCAGCUCAUGGCAGACGAUAAGACUGCUGGUGUUGAGGCCUCGGCCAUCAGUAUUCUGAAGAGAGCUGUUGAACUGGACAACACUAAGAGGUUUGAUGAGUCAUUGACAUGUUACCAGGAAGGCGUUGGCUUGCUCAUGCAAGUUUUGAAGUCUGUCAACGAUGCAGGGAAGAGACAGAGAUAUCGGCUAAAGAUUGAGGAAUAUCUCGCAAGAGCAGAGGAGCUCAAGGUGUUUGUGAAAGAGGAGAAAGAAGCAUCCAAGCAACACGAGCAGAUCCACAUAGAGCCCGACACGACAGGCCAUUCAUAUGACUCGCUAUUCGGCCGAUACCUGAACCAACAUGUGACCGCCGUGGAAGUGGAGGACCCGUACAUACGGUCACACCAUCAGGUUCAGAAUUUCCUUCGUCUGUGCGAGCUGAUUGUCAGCAGGAAGUCACCCGUCAAAACUAUCACUUUGACAACUGGCAGAGAUGAUGAAAUGAGUCGUCAGCAGCAGCAGCACCAGUGGCUUCUGGCCGUGGGGAAGUCUCUACAGUCGCGCGGCAUUCGCUUACAGAUCAUCUACUCCGACACUCUUCAUGAUCGGGAGAUCAGGUUGGACACUGGUUGGGUGAUCAAAAUUGGUCGAGGUUUGGACAUUUACAAGAACUGUGAUAAGUUUUCUAUUGGCUUUUGUGAUAUGGAGCUUCGCCCGUGUCAUGAGACGACGGUAGAUAUUUUCCAUAGGAAGUCGAUGAAAUCUACUUGCCCUUCCUGAUGAUGGUGAAACUUUAGAGAGAACUGCUUCCGGAACGCUCCCUUAACUUAAAUGUGCCUGAUGUGUGAUCCCCCAUAUACGAGACUGUGGACAAUUGCAGUCCACUGCGCUCUGCUUAUACCAGCUCUACUGGUUUGGAUUUCCUUCCGAGACCAGGGACAGGGAAUACCCUCCUUGUGGCCACUUGAGAGAUAAAGUUAUAUAUGUUGUCCAUGGGGUUUGACCAAAGGGGUGAAAGGGAAAGUCUGUACGGUGCUCCAAAUUUGGUGUGAUCAAUAAAAACAUUUUUAUUUUUAAACAAAAAA